AUGCUCUCACGUGUUGCUGCGGUGAAGGCACCCCGCACACACAACCGUCGCCGCGUGACCGGAUCCAGCGGAAGGAGGAGGGAAGGAAGAGAGAGUGAGCCGCGGAGGCCCAACAUGUCCCGGCGUGUGUUUGCUUCAGCGGUGCUGCUCCUCCUCGUCGUGUUGAUUUGCUGCGGUACUUGUGGAGCUGCGGCCACUGAGAAACCAAAUUCAGGCAAGAAUGAUUUAAUAAAUAUUCAGAAUUUGCAACGGGUCGAUCUAUUUGUGCCGCAGACGACGCUGGUGCUGCCGAAGAUGGGGACUGACUCAGGUCGGAGGGAUUCAUUUGUUUCACCCUCUCUCGUCAGUGCUGGUGGAGUAAUUGCUGCUUUUGCCGAGGGUCACAUGAAUGCCAAAACCCCCCCUACCGAAUCAACUAAGCCGUCUUCUGAUGUUGUUGCGGAGUACAUCGACUCUGCGUGGGAAUGGUCCACUCUUGUUGAAAAGGUGAGUGAAAGUACAUGGAAGGCACACACCGUGCUUGGUACAACGGAUGGAACGGAUAAUCGUGUAGGUGUUGUGCUCCGCCCCACAACAACCAUGAAGGACAAUAAGGUGUUUCUUCUUGCGGGAAGCACUGAUGCGCACAAAGAAGGUCUGGAGUGGAAAGUGGACAACCAGGAUCUGAAACUGGUUGUGGGUGAUGUCACGCCGUCUACGCGCGGCGAGCCGGGUGGACGGAUCGAAUGGGGUGACCCAAGACCGCUGUUCGAUUCGAAAUAUUCAUUGAAUCACAAAAAUAGAUUGAAUACCUUUUUUCCUUCUGGUGGCGCAGGUGUUCUGAUGGAGAAUGGCACGCUUGUGUUUUCUCUGAUGGCGAAGAGUGAAGAAAAUGAUGGCGUUUACUCCAUGAUCAUUUAUUCGACGAACAACGGCAGUACCUGGUCGCUAUCGGAGGGUGUUUCUUCUGCGGGCUGCCGUUAUCCCCGCAUCACCGAGUGGGAGGGAUCACUUCUCAUGAUUGUUGACUGCAAUGAUGAACAGAAGGUGUACGAGUCGCGUGACAUGGGGACAACGUGGACGGAGGCCAUCGGGACACUUCCAGGCGUGUGGGUCAACUCACGAUCAAGAGUCUCUCAGGAUGUAAGCCUGCGUGUGGAUGCCCUCAUCACUGCGACCAUUGAGGGAAGGAAGGUCAUGCUGUACACACAGAGAGGGUACUUCUCGGGGGGGAAUAAGGCAACUGCGCUCUACCUUUGGGUGACGGACAACAACCGUACGUUUUCUGUUGGGCCGGUUGCCGUGGAGGAUAAUAUGAAUUGGAUGCUCGCCAGCACCCUGCUGUACUCGGAUGGGAGGUUGCAUCUUUUACAACAGAGGGACAACGAUAAAGGCGGUGUCAUCUCACUUUCCCGCCUGACGGAGGAAGUGAGUACAAUCAGGUCCGUCCUCAGUACUUGGGCGCAAAAGGACAUUUUCUUCUCCAACUUGUCUAUACCCACGGCGGGUCUGGUGGCAGUUUUGUCCGAUGCGGCCGGUGAUGGGAGAUGGUACGACGAGUACCUUUGCCUGAAUGCGACGGUGACGAACGCCACGAAGGUCAAGGAUGGGUUUCAGUUGACGGAGCCUGACUCCGGGGUAAUAUGGCCUGUGAACACUCAGGAUGAUAAUGUGCGCCAUGUGUUUUUGAGCCACUACUUCACACUUGUGGCGUCGGUGACCAUCGAAGAGGCUCCGACUGCGGACGCUCCUCUACUGACUGCGGUGUUGCGUGACGCUGGGCCCCCGUAUCUCAUGAGACUUUCGUACACCGCGGAUAACAAGUGGGAGACGAUUGUCGAAGGCAAGAUGACAAAACCAACAACGGAAAGCAGGCUUUGGGUGCCGAAGGAAGAAUACCAAGUGGCCCUCAUGCUGCAAGGCAACAAGGCCUCUGUGUACAUUGAUGGUGAGUCGCUGGGGGAGGAAGAAGCUCUGUCAACAGAUGAGAGACCAAUUGAUGUCGCAGGCUUUUGCUUUGGCGCGUGCGAAAUGCACAACUCUCCUGUGACGGUGAAGAACGUCUUCUUGUACAACCGCCCACUGAAUUCCACUGAGAUGACUGCAAUCAAGGACAGGAUCCCCGUUCCAAAGAGAGCUCCGGAAUCGCAGGCGGAUGAUGUUCCUCAAACCGUCGCAUCUGCUGGAUCUGCGGCGCCUGGCCCACGGGAAGUACCAGCAGCACCGGGGAGGACAACUAUGGAGAGAGCUACCACCACAGAACAUGCGGCUGCGGUAAGCUUUACCUCUGCUGGGAGCGGACUGCUGCCGCUGCUUCUUCUGUUGGGGCUGUGGGUGUUCGCGGCUCUGUGA